UGUCUCGACAUGAACAGGAUUUUGAUUGUUGCGCCCGUCAUCAGCGCAGGAGGAGCGCACGAGUCUCUGUCUCUGAUGCGCCGCCGUCAUUAGUUCAGUGUGUGUGUGUGUGUGAGAGCAUGGGUCUGAUGUCUCUGCUGGCUCGAAUCAUGCGCUAUCUCCUGCUGCGGCCGGAGACCCUGCUGCUCUUCUGUCUCAGUCUGGCUCUCUGGAGUUUCCUCUUCCACACGGAUGAGGUGAAGACCAUCGUGCGCUCGAGCCGCGACGCAGUGAACAUGAUGAAGGGCAAGGUGGCGGAGAUGAUGCAGAACGAGCUGGACGAGGAGCUCUCCAGGACCUGGCAGCACAGGAGCAAGAGUGCGGCGGUGUACUCGAUCCAGGGCAGGAGGGACCACAUGGAGGACAGGUUUGACAUUCUCACGGACACACUCAACAAGAGCAAUCCGACCAUCUUUGGCGUCUUCGAUGGGCAUGGUGGAGAGACGGCAGCAGAAUAUGCCAAGUCGCAUCUUCCCGUCAUGUUGCGGCAGCAACUUCAGCGUUAUGGGAAGCAGAAGGAGAACAGCGCUGUGACCCGCCAGUCCAUCCUCAAACAGCAGAUACUCAGCAUGGACAAAGAGAUUCUGGAGAAACUGUCGGCCUCCUAUGAUGAAGCAGGUACCACGUGUCUGGUGGCUCUGCUGUCUGAGAAGGAGCUGACUGUGGCGAAUGUUGGCGAUUCGAGGGCGGUUCUGUGUGAUAAAGACGGUAAUGCUGUCCCGCUGUCACAUGACCACAAACCCUACCAGCUUAAAGAGCGGAAGAGAAUCAAGAAAGCAGGUGGCUUCAUCAGUUUCAGCGGCUCAUGGCGUGUGCAGGGCGUUCUUGCCAUGUCACGUUCACUCGGCGACUACCCGCUGAAGAACCUGAACGUGCUGAUCCCUGACCCCGACGUGCUGACCUUUGACCUGGACAAACUACAGCCUCAGUUCAUGAUUCUAGCGUCAGAUGGACUCUGGGACGCCUUCAGCAACGAGGAAGCCGUGCAUUUCAUUAAAGAGCGUCUGGAUGAACCGCAUUUCGGUGCGAAGAGCAUCGUCCUUCAGUCGUUUUCCCGCGGCUGUCCAGACAACAUCACCGUGAUGGUGGUCAAGUUCACGAAGAGAGGCUCCAAAGCCACCGGCUAGUGAAGAAGACUCAGCUCUCACGUGUAAUAAUGUAAUGAAAACAUAUAUUUUAAUGAAUGAGUGACUGGAUGAAUGAUUAACAUUACGCCUAAGUUUAACGUUAGAUAAAAAAAUAUUUUUUGGAGAAGCUACUAUUUGUAUUUAAGUUGAAUGCAAUUAUUCCUUAUUAAAGGAAUCGUUCCCCUAUGGAACACACAAAUACAAUUUUUGAAGAAUCUAUACGCAGCUCUUUCAUUAAAAAAAAAAAACACACACAGUUC